GCAAGAGUAUCUUCAUCAUAUUUCCUAGGCUGGGUGGGAUAUGGAGAUGAGAAGCAAGGAAGAGAUAGAAAUAGGAAGAGACAUAACAGCAACACUGACUCCUCUCUCUUUUUGUCUCCACACUUUCUAUCUUCACACUAACUGCUCUGCUUGCUUCUCUUCCCUUCCAAUUCCCAAUCCCAAUCCCAAUCCCAAUCCCUAUUCACUCUUCUAUUGCUCCCCUCCAUGCUCCGCCGCACUUUCACCUCUCCACCACUCCUCCGCCGAGCGCCACCUACCUCCCUUCGCUCACUCCUCCGACCUCUGUACCGCCCUCCGCCUCCUCCUCUCCCACCGCCCCACCUCCUCCUCCCGCCUCGCCGGCCUCCUCUCCAAUCGCCACAUCCUCACCUCCCUCUCUGUCCACGACGACGUUUCGGAGAGAAUCAGCGUCGGUGCCGGCGCCAUGGCAGAAGCGAUCGCGAAGCAGCGCGGCAUCCCCAACGACGACGCCGUUUUGGAGGAAGCCACGAUUGCGCUCAGCGCGGUGCUAACGAACGCCGUGGAGGUGCACGAUAACGAAGGGCGCGCCCUCGGAAUCGCGGUUUUCGACCACAUCUUCUCUUGGAUCAACCACAGUUGUUCCCCCAACGCCUGCUACCGCUUUGUCCUCUCUUCUUCGCAUUCAGAGGAAGCCAAACUUGGAAUUGCUCCACACCUACAAAUGAAUGGUAGCAGGGUUAGUAUUAGCAGUAGUGAAUUUGCAAAAGGGGGCCUGGGUUAUGGUCCAAGAUUGGUUGUGAGGAGUAUCAAGAAAAUCAAUAAGGGAGAAGAGGUCACUGUAGCCUAUACGGAUCUCUUGCAGACUAAGGCAAUGAGACAGUCAGAGCUAUGGUCAAAGUAUAGGUUCGUUUGUUGUUGCAAACGAUGUAGUGCUCUGCCCUCUUCCUACGUGGAUCAUGCGUUGCAAGAAAUUUCUGCUAUCACUUGUGAAUCAUCUGGUUCAUGUUCCAAGUUCCUCAAAGACAUGGCUGAUAGAAGAUUGACUGAGUUCAUUGAUGAUGUUAUAUUGGAGUAUCUUUCUGUUGGUGAUCCUGAGUCUUGUUGUGAGAAGCUUGAGGAGAUACUCACACAAGGUCUAAAAGAGCACUUAGAAGUCAUUGAAGUAAAACCAGAUUGUAUAUUCAUGCUGCAUCCCCUACAUCACCACUCUAUAAAAGCAUACACAACACUGGCUUCUGCAUAUAAAGUUUGUGCUUGUGAUUUAUUGUCUGUAGACUCUGAAACAGAUAUAAACCAAUUAAAAGCUUUUGACAUGAGCAGGAUCAGUGCUGCGUAUUCUUUGGUACUUGCAGGAGCAACUCAUCAUCUCUUCAAUUCUGAAUCCUCACUGAUUGCAUCUGUUGCAAAUUUUUGGACAGGAGCUGGUGAAUCUUUGUUAUCUCUAAGCAAAAGUUCUGGAUGGAGUAUGUGUGUUAAUUUGGGUCUUGUUAUUCCAAACCUUGCUUCUGCCAUGAAAUUCAAAUGUACAAAGUGCUCCUUAAUGGAUAGGUUUAGAGCUGGUAUGUUAAAUGGUCAAAUUAAAAGUGCAGAUUUUGAGAAUGUAUCAAAUGAAUUUCUUCAUUGUGUCUCAGAUAUUACUCAGAAAGUUUGGGGUUUCCUUAUCUCUGAUUGCCAAUUUUUGCAAUCAUGCAAAGAUCCUAUCAUUUCCAGCUGGCUAAUGUCUACCAAAAGUUCAAGUACAGUGGAUGUUGAGGUUUGCGUUAACAAAACUAACAUGUGUUACACCAAUGAAUCUGAAAAUAGCGUCUCUAUGUGUCAUGAACAAACCUUAGCAGAUCAUGCAGUAGCAUGCAUUUUUCAGCUUGGCGUACACUGCUUAGCAUAUGGAGGAUUAUUGGCUAGCAUUUGUUAUGGCCCCCAUUCACAUUUGGUUUGUCAUGUUCAAAAUGUUCUAGAACAUGAAAAGAAUUUUGUAUUAUAUUCUCAUUAAGGGUCUUGAAAGAUCAUGUAUGACACCUUGUGAAAGAUCCGAUAUAUAAACAUGAAUGUUGAAUUUUUUUUAUUCUUUUAGCU